CGUCCAGCUGCACUUCGUUAAAAGGGUCCAUAUUGUGUGUGGGAAGACGGAUAGCUAUUUGUUAAAUGGCAUUCUUGGUCAUCUGUCUAUGGAGUCUUCACAGUUACUGUACAGAUGUCUAUUCGCGGUCACGGGUCUACGCUGCGGCCUUUCCAUAUUUCAGUGCAGGUCAAACAAACACACAUAAGGCCAUAUCUGUCUUUACCACACCACAAUGAGUACUACGCCGGAAAAAACGCCCACUUUGGCCUCUAUCGAACCUGAGGGUGUCAGUUGGUCCCCUGAAGCCGACGUGAAGAUCAAGGAAGUGACUCCGGCCGAACCGGUGAGCACUUUGCCGCCGAAGCUCGAACAGUCUCGCACGGCCACGCCGAUUCCACAACAAUUGACCACCUCCAGUGUGGACACGUCGAGCUCGAGCCAGCCCCGCAAAAAGAUCAAGCUCCCAAGCGACCUCAGUACGGUAGAAGUGGUGGGCGGCUCGUCUGUGCGCAAGUGGUUGAACGCAAACUUGACGCCGCAUCUCUUGGAGGGCAUGCGGAGGUGUGGUGAGGAGCAGCCCGAGGAGCCGUUGAAGUUUCUCGGCGAGUUUCUCCUCCAGAAGCAUGAGGAAUUGAAAGCCAAGACAGAGUAGCCAGCGACUCAAAGUAUGAAAAUUAUUCUCAGUAUUAUACAUGGAGCUAUUUGGGAUAACCAUUAGUGACAAUAGCUGGAAAGCAAAGGUAUUGGGUUCAGAAGAAAUAGGUACUCAAAAAUACGCCCAAAUCAGAUCAAUAUAUGUUUAUAUUUUAUA